AUGUCCGACCUAAAAUCCGCGCUGCAAGCACAAGUCGUUUCACUAGAAAGUGCGCUGACGCAAUCGCUCGACAAGCUCGCGACCGCGUUGAACGACAACGCAUCCGCGGCAACCUUGGCGCUUCAAGCGCAGAUUUCCGCCCUUCAGAGCAGCAUCGACGCUCUAAACUCACGCAUUGCGAACCUCGACCUGAUCUUAUACCUUAGAAUCACGCGACCCGGCGGCGUUACUGCCCAGGCAACACCCGUCGCACUCCGGUCGCGCAUCUCGUCGCUAAGAGGCAGCCUCCCCGCCAUCAACAAGCGCGCUACCUCCCUCAACACGGACGUGGUGGGCAUCCUCCCCAACCUCCGCGCGUUGCUGAGUCAGCGAGUGGCAGCGCUCACUCUGAGGGUGGGUGCACUGAAUGUGGACGUGUCGGCGCUCGCUGCGCAGGUGGACGCGCUGAUCGCCCCGCUGAGUGACGCCCUUGGCGUGGCGGACCUCGUGGCUCUGCUGCCGCAUCCAGCAGGUCG